UAAAAAGCUGGCACUGCAGGCAGUCCUGGCAGACAGACAGCUCAAGUUCCUUUGGCACAUCUUGCUGUGGACUGCGUGAUGGGAAAGUCAAUGCUCUUCCUUGGCUUUCUUCUUAUUUUCCUUGGGCUGGCUCUGCCAGGCACCCAGGGAAAAGUAUUUUCCAGAUGUGAGAUGGUGAGGAUCCUACGUCGGAAUGGCUUUGAGGGCUUCGAGGGCACAACUGUUGCUGACUGGAUGUGCCUGGUGGAACAUGAGAGUGGUUAUAACACUAAGGCGUAUAAUAACAAUGGUCCAAGCAGGGACUACGGCAUCUUUCAGAUCAACAGCAAGUACUGGUGCAAUGAUGGCAGGACCGCUGGAUCCAAGAAUGCCUGCCAUAUCAGUUGCUCAAAAUUGCUCAAUGAUAACAUUGACGAUGAUAUUCGGUGUGCCAAGAAGAUUGCUCGAGAGGCUCAUGGCCUCAGUCCCUGGUACGGCUGGAAAAACCAUUGCCGGGGCAGAAACCUGAGUUCCUAUGUCAGGGGUUGCUAAAUUGCUCCACAGGUGCUCGUCGUCUUCUCAGCAUCACCAGAGGUGGAGAAUGACGGCGUUUGGAGAGGAGACCGGGGAAAUGGAUAGGUGUGGGGAAUUAAAAGCAGUAUAUUAUUAAGAUAGAGAGAGUACUGGCUAGUGCUGACUCUGGAGGCCUUCACACUGCUGCAAUGCAAACAGAGAACUUAACAACUUGUGGCUUAAUACAAACGAGGCUUAGCAACAGGUAGAGUUUCAGCUGUUCACUUGCAUAAUCCUGACUCAAGAUUUUAUUGCCUAACAGGGCUUAGCAACAUUUAGGGUUUCUCUCUCUGUUUGUAUCUUUCUCUGUUCUCUUUGCCCCUCCCUUCCUCCUCUCCUCCCUCCCCUUCAUUUUUUGCCCAUUCUUAUUGGAGUGCCUGUAGUGAGAAAAGACAAAAAUUAAUGUACACUGUGUAAGACCUGCAGAAUUGAGUUGCCUUAUGACUAGGACGGUCACUGAUGGAGGUGGGGAGUACAGUUCACUGACAGAGAGAAAACAAUGCUGAAACAUGACCUUGCUCCUUAAAUUUAUCUGAGCAUCUGCUCCUGGCUAGUAUGAGGGAUAGGACACUGAAAGGUAUGGGCAUCUGGCCUGGGUGAAUACAACCUUUCUUAUUCUUUGAGGAAGCUGAUCAAACACAGCCUAGAAUGCAGGCAGCAUCUCUGUGAGGAAACUAUGGGUUGGAAAGCCGAUUGGGAAAGGGAAAUGUUUUGCUGUUGAGCUCACAAGUCCUUCUUCCAAAUGAAAGCUGAAUUCAGAAACAGGGCAUAAAUGAAAGAUGCUAACACUGAAACCACGUUUGCUUCUUCAUGUGCUUUCUGCUGCUGCUAGGGGAGCAGUGACCUCUUUGGUGCUUAUGCAAUAAAGGGAUGCUUAAACUUG